CGGCUCUGGGAUACGGCUUCAGGCAUAUGCCUACAGACGCUCGAAGGCCAUGACGACACGGUUAAGUCGGUAGCCUUCUCGCCCGACGGCAAGCGGCUGGCCUCGGGUUCUGACGACGAGACGGUCCGGCUCUGGGAUACGGCUUCGGGCACCUGCCUACAGAUAACUCCUGUCAGCGGGCUGCUUGUCAGCUUAUCGUUUGAUGCGGACUUUCGUUUAUCAAGCAAACUGGGGCGCAUAGAUUUAGACCUCUCGCUAUUGUCCGUAAAAGCAGAUAAGCAGGGGUCUACUGACUUGGACCUCGACGACGCUCAAGGUCAAGCGCAAGGAACCCAGCUGCUCCCAGAGCCCUGUUGGCCCGUUUGCGAUGUUGAGGGUCAUUGGAUUAUGCGCGGCGGGGAGAGAUUGCUUUGGCUGCAGCCGAACUGGCGACCGGAUUCAUAUCCGUGGCACAAGCCGGCCGUGAGCGUGAGGGAACAGACUCUGGGCAUCGGCUGUCAGUCUGGCCGUGUGUUAAUCAUCGGCUUUGCGCACGAUGCAUGA